AUGGUAAAGACACAAAAUUUUGUGGAGGGAGAUAGUACCUUAGCAACAAAAGCUGUUUGGGAUGAUGAGUUGACGUUGAUAUUUUGUGAACUUUGCGUGAAUGAAGUCAAUGCUUGUAAUAGACCGACAACUCAUCUAAACUCAAAAGGAUGGGAAAAUGUCAUUGCUCUUUUUCAAGCAAAAACACAAAAAAAUUAUGGAAAACCUCAAUUGAAAAAUAAGUGGGAUACAUUAAAAAAGGAAUGGAGGUUAUGGAGGGAGUUGCUUAAGGAAUCUACAGGUAUUGGAUGGUGCCUAUCUAAAAAGACGGUCGAUGCUACCGAAGAAUGGUGGGCUGAAAAAAUACAGGAAAAUCCUGAUUUUAAAGGAUUUAAGAAGAAAGGAAUUGAACCACGAUUGAAUGAGUUAAUGUGGCAAAUGUUUGGUGGCAUUGUAGCCACUGGAGAGAACGCAUGGGCACCUUCGUCUGGUGUUCUUCCAAGUGGGGUUCCUAUGGGAGAUGAUGCACCUAAUGAGGGAUUUGGUGAUUCAGAUAAACAUAGUAACGAGAAUGAAGGUAUUCCUCCUGAUGAGGUACCAUCAAACUCUUCUCAUGAAAUUCCUAAUCGAAGAAAGCAAACACUUGGGGCUGUACACGGUAAAGGAAAAAAAUAAAGUUCAAGUAGAAAAUCAUCAAGAAAUACAUUAACUACUCAGAUUGAGAAAUUGUGUGAGAGUAUGGCUAGUCCAAGGAAGUCAGUGAAUGAAAUUAUUUUUCCUCACUCUCAAUAUACUAUUUCAAAUGCAAUGGAUGCUUU